AUGGGCUCGCAUCGUCGGCUAGUAAUACCUCAUCGAUCGUCUACUAAUUACCAUAGCUCCCAUCUGUCUGCGCGGUGCCGGAGUCCAACGCUUGCAGUCCUCUUGCUGCUCGUCGCGUCAAGCGCGUGCUUGCUAUGUCCACUCCGCUCCGCCAACGCGCAAGCUGUAGCAGACAGCCAACGACCGGCUCUGGCGGCGAUAAUGGAUGUGUGGGGCGCGGCGCUCAAUCUGAACGCCACGUGGUUCGUCACGCCGACCUGCGCGCAAUGGCAGGGGCUCGCCUGCAACGCCAUGGGCCAAGUCACCUCCUUGUGCGUCUCGCCAACCCCCUCCUAUUUCCGCAUUAAGCACACCUUCCACCUGGCACUUGACGUUUUGCGAUGCCCUCUUCAAGAGACGACUUCCGUCUUCCUGCCCUAUUCAAGACCCGCCACCUCUCUUCCUGUCACGCUUCAGACUCUGGAUCGCAAUCUCCUGGUGGGCAGUGUGCCGCCCAACAUCGGAUACCUCUCCGCCCUCACCAACCUGUACGCCGCCUCUCCCCCCAUUCACACUCUCAACCGUUCCGCACUAUUUCGCCUCCGCCGUCUCUUCGUCCCCCCCGCGCGCGCGUUCCCGUUCCGCGUUCCGACAACCGCUCCCCAGCAUUGUUCCUCCCCGCGCCCGUCGGGGCAUUUUCCUCCUCCAAUCGCCUUUUUCGCCUCGAUGGGCGGAAACGCGUUGCAGGGCAGCAUUCCCGCGGGCAUCUCCACCCUCGUCAGCCUCCGCGUGCUCGACCUGCACGAGAACUACCUGACGGGCGCGAUUCCGGACAGCUUCGCGCCGCUCACCUCGCUCGCCACACUGUACGCGCACCUAAACCGCCUCCGCCACUUUCACCGUCCGCUUUUCGCCUUCCGCUCUUCGCCUUCCGCUAUUCGCCUUCCGCUUUUCGCCGUCCGCGUUCCGCCUUCCUCGUUCCGCCUUCCGCUUUCCGCCGUCUGA